AUGGGUGCAAAUCCAGGCCAACAAUCUCUUUUGAGCAUUUGGCAGAAGAGCUCCUGGACUCCUGUGGCUGUAAAACCACAGAGGUUCACAGUUUCAGUGUUAGAGUCGUCAGCUACUGACACUCUUCCUCUGAUUUCUUCCAGGAAUUUCUAUUACAUCACAAUGUUGCGGGAUCCCGUGUCGCGUUACCUGAGCGAAUGGAAACACGUCCAGAGGGGGGCCACGUGGAAAACCUCUCUCCAUAUGUGUGAUGGAAGGAGCCCCACCCCCGACGAGCUGCCCACCUGCUACCCUGGGGACGACUGGUCUGGGGUCAGCCUGCGGGAGUUUAUGGACUGCAGCUACAACCUGGCCAACAACCGCCAGGUGCGCAUGCUGGCCGACCUCAGCCUGGUGGGCUGCUACAACUUGACUUCCAUGAACGAGAGCGAGAGGAACGCCAUCCUGUUGCAGAGCGCCAAGAGCAACCUGAAGAACAUGGCCUUCUUCGGGCUCACCGAGUUCCAGCGGAAGACUCAGUUUCUCUUUGAGAGGACAUUCAACCUCAAGUUCAUCUCCCCCUUCACGCAGUUCAACAUCACGCGGGCUUCCAACGUGGAGAUCAACGAGGGCGCCCGGCAGCGCAUUGAGGAGCUCAACUUCUUGGACAUGCAGCUCUACGAGUACGCGAGAGACCUCUUCCAGCAGCGCUACCACCACACCAAGCAGCUAGAGCACCAGCGGGACCGCCAAAAGCGGCGGGAGGAGCGGAGGCUGCAGCGCGAGCACCGGGCCCACCGGUGGCCAAAAGAGGACGGAGCCGCAGAGGGGACUGUCACUGAGGACUACAACAGCCAGGUGGUGAGAUGGUGACCCCCUGCCCACUCCUCUUUCGGGAGGGGGGCGUGAGCAGGUGCACUGACCAUCUGUUGGAGACGUUGGGCCAUCCAGAGGACCGCUGGCUCCGGGUGGCUGCAUUGGGACAUCUGCUUCCUCUUGGUCUUCAUUUUUAUCCAGCUGGAGGUUAUCUGCCUUGUUCAUUUUUUUUCUUGACAUUUUCAACCAGUGACUUGAAGUAGGGUAGGGAUGCAUCCUACAUAGAAAACAUUUGAAGGUCAAGGAGAAACAGUGGCCGAAGGAAAGGGUCUGUGUGAUCUGUGCAGCCUUGUAGGUGAUCCUUUGGGGAGCUGGAACUCUCAGAGAUGCACAUGAAAAGCCAAGUUAUGGCUUGGAUGUUCUGCUGAACCUGGUCUGUUUCAUACUGUCUCUGUCAUGGAAAUAUUAGUCUUUUAAAGAGAGAGAAAGGGAAGGAGGCUUCUGCCCUUAGAUGAGGUUGCACGCCGACCCUCACCUGACUGCCGGUUCUCGUCUUUGAACUCUGUUUGAAUGCAGCUUCCAUCCUAAGUAAUGUGUUUUGUUGCUGCAGUUGUUUUUCAACAAAAUCACUGACCAUCUCUAGAGACUCGCAUCCCACCAACCCUGGCAUCCCGGCUCUAUGCCAUGCUUCCUCCUCAUCCUUAGGAGACAGGGAGUGGACACAGGACAGGGGUGGCUGUGGCUGAGAAAUGAACAUUGGUGGGGUUUUAGGGGAACUGCUUAUUUACUGAGGACAUCACACUGUACCAAUUGUAAUCUUCAAUGUGAGGAAUGAAUGAUCAAUUAAGGGAGAAAAAAAAUCAGGAGAAAUAACAUGUUUAACAUUUCCAAACCAGCUACAGAAUCUUAGUUUUUAAAAGAAUAUUUCAGAGUUUAAUCUCUUUGGGGACAAUCCUCUUCUUUGCCAAGGUACUACCAGGUUUGAAAUUCUACUGUUCUAGAAGAAAAGAGAUUUAAAAAGAACUUGGCCUAAAGAAUAGGAGCUUAGCUGGUAUGUAUACAAAAUAUAUUUGAGGUCAUUACAUGAAUAAUAACUCUGAUUUGGGCCAGGAGACACGAACAUCAUUCACCAGAUGGUCAUUCCAGACGUAGAUACAGACACUACAUUCCAACAUUCCCAAUCUUUGUAGCCUAAAGUUCCUUCCCAUGUUGUGUGCACCUGUUCUUAGAUUGCGCUAUACCCAGCAAAUCAGGUCGGAGGGUAUAAACUUAACCAAAACCCACUGUAUUCCAAGAGCUUAUUUUCACCUUUUCCCAGUCACAAGUACAGUAACCAAAAGUGCACUGACCAAUGGGGGAAGUAGGAAGGAAGGAAGAGAAAAGUGUGUCUCUCCUCCAACUGGAGGCUCAGAGCGGGUAGAAAGUUUCACACACAUUGAUGUGAUCAGUCCUUCCAAGGAGUCGAAAGACGAGUAAACCUCCUAAGUCAGAUGGAGAAGCCUGUUUCAUCAACAUCCAAUGUGUUUGAUGUUUAAGCCUGCUUUCCAUGGGCCACCCCGCAGAAUGCUCUCUGGGGUGGAGAGUCCAUCAACCCACCAGCAUUCAUGGAGAGCUGCUGCACAGAGGACAGCCCCACGUCCCCAUCCAAUACAGAUCUGGAGAAGUGGCUCCCAUGCUUCUCUCACUGCCCUUGACUUAGCUGAGGACAGGCUCCCUUGUGCUAUGAACCAAGGGAGACCCUUUCUAUACUUUAAGGAUACUCUGCAUUAACAAGGUAGAUAGUCUUGGUUCCAGUUUCCCAGAUGAGAAAAGUGAAGCCUAGAGACCAUAGGUGGCUUCCCCAUGGAUUGUAAGGUAGACAUAGCUGACCGCAAAGUGCAAACACUUUACUUAUUCCAUCCUGCUCUUCAUAUGGGAUAAGGCUCAGGUCUCCUAAAGCCUCCUGUCAAUCAUGCAAGAAGCCAGAUGUUAUUGCCCUGAAAUAUUUGUCCCUGACCCACAUAGGUGGCACAACUGUGAUAGCGCCAAGCUAGCAGUGACCCAGAGCCGUGCUGCUUUUGGGUAAGUCCCUUCCACAUCACUGAUUCAGCAACAAGCUGAGAUCAAUGACUUCUUGGGCAGCUGCACUUUGUGAGCCAUAUAUAAGAGUGAGUUAAAAGGGGCCAAGAAAAUAGCACUUGUCAGUUGGUAGAAAAAUGCCAAUCAAAUAUUUGUGUCUCCCCUUUCCAAUCAUGUGUUCCUAAAGUAGGGAGGGAAGGGACAUUGCUGCAGGGACUAAUGAGGGGCUGUGUCUCCAUCUUCACAUUUGGGUGUUACAGUCUCGUGUCUUGCCCAGAAUAGAAAGGCUGCAAGCUUUCCUUCUCCCUACCGUUCACUCUGCACUGUGACACACGGACACACACACACACACACCGACAAUCCAGUGUUUUGUUACGUGGAAAAUCAAAACAAGCUGGAAAGCAUUUGGAUUGUUUCUUCUAAACCCACUUUACUUUUUGGCAGGGAACCUGUGCCGCGCUGAGACGCGGAGGCAGCCCCUGCUCACUUCACACUGUUCCCGAGGCACCUGGGAUUUCUAUCAAAAGGCUUUCCACUGCCUUUCUGCUGAAGGCUUGAUGUAUGGGGCUCCGCUUGAGAACAGAUAGCAGGAUGUUCAGAGGAGAAGCCAUCUCUGUGUGUUGGCCCGAGGCCAGCACUGAGCAAAUUAAAAAGACGGACGUGGCCCUCCUCCUCAUAUCAUUUCAUUGUAAAGCAGCACACUUGUCACGUCCCCGGGGUCCUGUGUUGAUGGAAAUGGAGAGUUAGAGAAGUAGUGUGUUCUCUGGAAAUUGGCUGCACACCUACAUGCGGAGUGGCUCUCAGGGACAGGAUGCCCGUGGAAGGCACCUGGGCCCAAGGAUCCAUGGGCAGUCAGUGACCUCAAGGUCCCAGCCCAAAUCAGCUCCAGGGCAUUAGUGUCCAAAGCUCCAGAACACACACACACACAAACACACACACAAACACACACACUCACACACACAGGGAGCUCCACGUCCUGUCAACCCCUGUAGUCCCCAGGUGGACACCCUUUCCCUUCUCUUGGCAAUGGAAGCCUUAGUGACCACGUUGAUAUGAGAUUCCCUGUGGGAAAAGGGGGAGACAUUUUAUUAAGAACCAAGAUACACACUUAUUUUGUCUCCUUCUGGCUUUUUGGCAGCCUGUUCUUGGUAACUGGAGAAAUAAUCAGUGAUCUUAACAAACAAUGUUAGACAACAGUUAAGGAAAUCAUGGAUGUGCUCAUUUUCAUCUAACAGAGUAACUUCACCAUAGUUUGACCAAAGGUUUGAAGUAUUUAAAGUCUGAGUGGACAGGCUGGGGUCAUGGCUCAGUGGUGGAGCACUUGCCUAGCGUGUAUGAGGCCCUGGGUUCGAUUCUCAGCACAGCAUAUAAAUAAAUAAAAUAAAGGUUCAUUGACAACUAAAAAAAAAAUUUAAAAAAAGUCUGAGUAGAGAUAGUGCUAAUUUGGGAAGAAAGUCUACCAGAUAGACUUACUAAGGAGCUGAGACUAGAGCAUCAAAACAUUAAGAUUAAGCAUAGUAGGCAGGAAUCCCAUUUGACCAUUUUAACCCAGACAUUCAAAUAAUAAAUAAGAUUGACGCUAUUUUCCUCUCACUUAAGACAAAUGGGUUUGAUAGCUCUGGUGUGUGACCUUCUCAGAAACCCAGGUCCUCUCUUACUGCUUUUACAUUUUCAUGUGUGGCACCCACCCCAUGGUCCAAGAUGGCUGCUGCAGCUCCUGCUAUCUUAUUUUCAUUUAUGAUGCUAGAGGGGAAGUGAAGAGCAGUUGCUCAUAUCACUUCCAGUCACAUCUUAUGGGCUAGGACUUAGACAUUAGCCACAUCCAACUGCAGAGAAAAUGUCUUUACUCUUCAUUGCCAGGUACCUCGAUAAGUUCGGGGGUUCCAUUAUGAAAGAAACAAUGUGAAAAUUAAUACUGAUAAAAACUAUUAGUCUCUGACACAAUAGGGAAUUGAAAAAUACUUCAAGUGCUUUUCAAUGUCAUUUAUUUCAUCAUAAGUUUUGCAAGGGAUGAGAUUAAAAUUCAUCGCUUUGUAUAGCGUUUAAUGCUUUUCAAAACAUUUUUACAUCUAAUAUCUCAUCUGGCCUUCAUUGCGUUCUUGUGUGCUAAAGGGGAGUUCUAUUCAUUAUCCCAUUUGAGAGUUUGGAAUGAAGAUUUAGAGACAUUGAGAGAUUUCCCAGAGACUCUAAUUCAUUAGCAAGUUGCUCAGAGCCGCAGUCUUCCGACUGCAUAGCCUUUCCCACUACUGUAUGCUGCUCAGCAUCCGUUUUGGGAUUGGGAAUUGCAAGAAUAUGAAAUCUAAGUCUUUAUUGAUUUAUAUCUUCCCUCACCUCAUUGUGGAACUGCAGUGACCUAGAAACUGCCAAGGUCGAGUUGACUCUCCACUCUGCCUCCAGUGCAGGGGCCUCUGUGAGGGUGAAAUGCCCGGGAGAUGAGCAGUAUUGAGGAAGCCCUUGACCCCGGGGGAGGCGUGCAGACACCUCUGGCUGGAUGUCUGCCCUCCUCAACCCCAGAACUACUCACGAUGAAGGUGGAGAGGAUGUGCUCCACUCCUCGGGGAAGCUCAGUAUUAGACAUAUGCAGACUCAGUAGCGCCUGUUAGUGAAGCUUAAGGGUGAUCAAUACAAGCCCUGCUCCACUUCUCCUUCCCCAGCUCCCUGAAAUUUUAUCAGCAGAAUAUUGCGCUAGUUCUUAGAGGGUUUCCUGGUGUUAAAUGAGUUCCUUGGCACAUUCGCUAGAGAGAGGAAAUGCUUUAGGCUGCAGCAAGCUACCAUCUUCAAAGGUUUUUUUUUUUUUUUUUUGAUUCCUCCAGACACAACCUGUGGCUGAGACGAGAGUCCCUGUGAUGAGGACGUAUUGGGGAGGGGAGCCAGGGGGAGCAGGGUAACUACAGAAGAAAUGGGGCUAUCAAAAGGAGGCAGACCCUUCAAAGAUGGAGAGAUGAUGAAUAAAAUAUGUGCCAGGCAAUCCUGAAAAACAGAAAAAGGAGUUUCCUAUUUCUAAGAUAUAGAACAGGGUCAAGCUGAGGUAGCAUGUGGACCUCAAUUCCUUCACCCACAGCAAAGAACAGGAAAGAGAAGGGCUCUUGAGACUGGACCAGAACACCCGCUGCCUUUAGAGCCGGAAGGCUGUUUGGGUUGGGGAGUGGAAUCAAGGAGAAAGCCGGGUUGGAUGUGGGUAGGAAAACCCUGGUCGGUCACCACCGUCACUCUAGGGCUUUCCUUUGCCAGUCAUGGCGCCUCUGCUGCUCUCCUCUGAAAGCUUCCAAGCUGGGACCCAGUGCCAUCCAGGGGGCUGCAUUGGUGUCCUCCCAGGUACUGUGGGCAUUGCUUGUCAUCCUGCUCCUCCAUCUCUGCUGAGCAUGAGCCCAUGCCUACGUCUCUCUCCGCGUUCUCCUGCACACAUCUGAACUCAUUCCCCGAUGCUUUGAAUUAGCCCUUCUGGGCCAGCGGGGGGAUGCUGAGACCUGUGUGUUUGGUGGCCACGUGCAUCUCCACAGUACAUUGACAGAACCAACCUGCCUUGCAGAGAUUUCCAGAGGACUGGCCUAGCUGUGAACACCAGCAAGACAAAAGCAAGCCCUUCAACGUCCAGGCAAGGGCUCAAGGUAACCUGACAGGAUGCCAGAUCUGGGAACAUGGACACACAGAUGUUUCUCAAGCCCGUGUUCCAAAUUGUCUAUGGAAACCACUGUCACUGCCAUGCUUCAGCACGCUGAGUGGGACCUCUGUGGGUUCCGUGUUCUGCUGCACUCUGGCCACUCAUCAAAGGGCCAGAUGCCCUGCUGGAAAGCCUCAGCCCUUGCUGGGGAAAACCCUGUUCUGCAGAGCGGAGUCUCGUGUGACUUAGUCAUUAUCACCCAGCCUUCCAUCUCCUGGCCUUGUAUUUUUUUAAUCAUGUGGCCAUCUUUUCUUUUCCUCCCCUUUUUCUUUCCCCCAGAGUACUUUCUGGGUUUUGCUUGCAUUACUAUUUUUCUUUCAUGUAUCAACUCAAUGUUAGAAAAAUCUGGAUCUUUAUCUGGUGCCCCAUUUUAGAUGUAAAGAUAGUUAUUCAAUAGCUAGUAAAUUAUUUCUCCUAAGAGAUAUUUCCUUUUGUUUCUGUGCAAUAAUAUGUAUGAACUCAGUUACUAGGAGAUUGUAUUGUGACAUUAUCAACCUUUAUUGCUAUUUAAAAAUGAUAGUUUGUAGAACUGAGGAUUUCCAUUGAUGUGAAGCACAAUUUAAUGGAUAAGUUAACAUAUUAAACUGUUGUGAUGUCAAGAACAAUUGUUUUCCCCUGUGUUUUUGUCAGAGACAUUUUUGCAAAAUGAGAAAAGUUAG